AUGGCUAGCACCGAGCACAACGCGAUUUCACUCUCAAAUCAUGCAUGCCGCAAUACGAAAAUCGCGGGCGACACGGUGGUGAGUGGCUUCGUCGUCAGGAGCAUUGCUCAAGAAUGUGUGGCGUCCUGUGCGAAUGCGCACCCAACGCUGAUCCGAAAUGGCUUCAGGCCACCAACUUGUGGCCCCCCUCCUCUUCUCGCCUCACAGCACGUUUUCUUGGCAUCGGACGGAGGGUUGACCGUCCUCAAGCUCGGUGACGGGAGCGUCGAGGACGGGAAUCUCUCCCGUAGCCUGGUCGGGAUCUAUGACUUGUCCGCCGAGGGCGAGACGACCUCGGUGGCGUACAACUCGGUGUGCGACGAGCUCGCCAUGUCGGUGAAGGCCAUCGACGACGACGGGGCGGAGGACCCGCUCAGCAAGGGUACCGUGCGCAUCGAUCCGUCCGUCGCCGACUGGAUCGAGUGCGACUUCUGCGAGGACGACGUGCAGGUGCUGGAGGCCGGCUAUCGCCCCGACAUGGUCGUUUUCACCCCUGACGGCAAGCAUAUCCUCCCCGCUAACGAGGGUUUACCGGUGACAAAAUGA